AUAGAGACUUGGCUAUAGCUGCAGCUAUCAAAGCCAAAUUGGCUAAUCCCUAUAAUAUAUUACACCAGUUCACUAAAAAGAAAUUUAUUAAUAAAACGUCAGGAAAAUUAGAAAACUAUUGGGAAUUAAUCAGAAUUUAUAUCGGAAAUUUUAAAUAUAUUGCCAG